AUGUUUUGCGCGCUCCCUGCGCUUCUGGAACUAUUCAGCUCGUAGCCAACCGGUGGAUCCUGCGAAUUAUCGUUUACGUCUUUUGGAGCCACUGAAGUUUUAUAGGGAAGCCCUGAACCACUGCUCUGUUGUUUUGCUUCAUAACCUGUCAGCAUGGAGCAGAACAACAGCCUACCUCCUUUCGCUCAAGGUCUGGCAUCUCCACAGGGAGCCAUGACGCCUGGCCUGCCCAUUUUCAGUCCUAUGAUGCCGUAUGGGACGGGCCUCACACCGCAGCCUGUGCAGAACUCCAACAGCUUGUCCCUCCUGGAGGAGCAACAGAGGCAACAACAGCAGCAGCAGGCGGCCUCACAGCAGCAGGGUGGGAUGGUGGGAGGUUCAGGCCAGACGCCCCAGCUUUACCACUCAACACAAGCCGUCUCCACAACAACAGCUCUGCCAGGCAACACACCACUUUAUACCACACCCCUCACCCCUAUGACGCCUAUCACUCCUGCCACACCGGCCUCCGAGAGCUCUGGCAUCGUCCCGCAGUUACAGAAUAUUGUGUCCACCGUAAACUUGGGGUGCAAACUUGAUUUGAAGACGAUAGCACUUCGAGCCAGAAAUGCUGAAUAUAAUCCAAAGCGUUUUGCUGCCGUCAUCAUGAGAAUACGAGAACCCAGAACAACAGCGCUUAUCUUCAGCUCGGGGAAGAUGGUGUGCACAGGAGCCAAAAGUGAGGAACAGUCUCGAUUGGCAGCCAGGAAAUAUGCCAGAGUGGUGCAGAAGUUGGGUUUCCCUGCCAAAUUCUUAGACUUCAAAAUCCAGAACAUGGUGGGGAGCUGCGAUGUCAAGUUUCCCAUCCGAUUAGAGGGCCUGGUGCUUACCCACCAGCAGUUUAGCAGCUAUGAACCGGAGUUAUUUCCAGGGUUAAUCUACAGAAUGAUCAAACCCAGAAUCGUUCUUUUAAUAUUUGUUUCAGGCAAAGUCGUACUCACAGGUGCCAAGGUUAGAGGAGAAAUCUAUGAAGCAUUUGAGAAUAUUUACCCCAUCUUAAAAGGAUUCAGGAAGACCUCGUAAUCUCUUCUGUUUUUGCUGGUCAGUUCCUCGCUGAGCCCAUCGGUAUGUCUGGGGUGACCUACGCAAUCUCGUUUAAUUUUGUAAGUCUGUAAAUAUGAAGGACAUCUUUAUCUCUGCUCAGAAAGUGAACAAUUGAGGAUAAGAAAUGCUUUUAUUUUACCUUUUAAGAAUGUUUGUCACCUGCCAUUUGGUUUUCAAAAUACUGUUUUAUCCAUGUCUGAACAUUUUAAUGUUUGGGCUUCUUUUAUGGUUUUAUCAUGUAAAAAUGUUCAUAAUUUCAUACUUUUACACAUUCCUUUUAUUAGCAGGUUUUAUGUGAUAUUUCAUUACUGAUUGUCUGUGUUGAACGUCAGUGAGAGCCCAUGUUGUGCAGUGCGAGAGAUCUUUUGUUUGGAGAAGUGCAUUGAGGUUAUUUUUCAACGAAGCUUUGAUCCUUUGGUUGUUGAAACGAUCACGCGGAUUUGAUCUUUUAAGUUACAGUUUUAAGAUGAGAGGUAACCGUUGACAAAUCUAACAGUUCAAUUGGCAUUUCAAUGUAUGAUGUACUGUAGGUCUCCCAAUAGCCCCAUGUAAAGCACUGACAUUAAUUUAAUCCCUUGGUCCAUGUAACUAAAUUUACUUUGCUACGUUGAACGCAAAUAAAUGUGUUUGCCAAGUUCUGCCUAUA